UCAGGUCGCUGGGCGAAGAUAGCCGCAGAGAUUCCUCAUCGUCAAGACGCUCAAUGUCUGAGAGAGUGGAAGAAACUAAGCAGAACAGCUGCUCCACCUGCUCAGAAAGGUAAACAAAAGAAAGAAAGGAAGAAAAAGAGGUCCACAAGGAGGAUCAGGAAACAACUGAAGACACUGAAGGAGGAGGAAGAGGAGGAGGAGGAGGAGGAGGAGGAGAGCAGUGAGGAUGAGGACAUGGUGGUGGAGUACAUGGACAGUGAUGAAGAGGAAAAGAAGAAGAGGAAGAAUAAAAAGACAACGAAGGAGGUGGUGAAGGUGGAGAAGGUUGUGGAGGAGGAAGAGGAGUACACCUUUCUUCCCAUGCAGGAGUGGGUUCCAGUAGAAAAAAAACAAUCACCUUUCACCUUCCUGAGGUUUCGGCCGGUGGAGUUACCUCCUCCUGGAGUUGCCCAAAAUCCAAUGCGGUCCACCGUCGUGGGUCAGUUCGGUCGCUCUGUGAUCAUCGGACCAAACCCCAGGGAGCUGACGUGGGAGGAGCGCCACAGCAGCUGCGCGAUGAUGAUGUUGUCACCUGACCAGCUGCGGGCCCACCUGCACCGCCAGGUGAACAUUUUCAGGAAAAAGAGUUCUAGACCCCACGGGAAGAUCAGGACGGACAGCCAGAACCCACUGGGCCACAUGACAGACAGGGGGCUGUACUACGAGCUGCAGUCCGCGGUGACGCCUUGGAUCGGCAACCUGUUGAUCGCGCCCAAAUCCAGCCCAAUGACCGCCGAUACCCUAAGGGAGCGAGGAGAGAAGACCUGCCUCCACUCGACUCCCUUCUUCCUGCUCCUCCUCCAGACUAUGAACGUGGAUGCCGUCGGCUGUAAGGAGAUGAUUGAGCAGAGGCGGAACAAGGCAGCGGUCCUGGCGCCUCGGCGCAACCCCCGCCCCACCCAUGCAAACACUGUCGCAGCGAUGCUGCAGCGGAAGCAGGCCAUGAAAGAGAUGCAGGAGUUCAACCUGCAGCACAAACACAUCCUGAAGCAACUCUUGGUGCUGCAGCAACAAGAGCAACACCAGCAGCAACUCAAGCUGCAGCAGCAACCUGCGCCUCCUCAAACAGUGGCGCCCUCCCACAGUUCUCCUGCCUUCCUCCUUCAGAUGCCUCCUAACAUGCAUCCUCGCAUGUCUCCCAUGACGUUUCCUCGGGCUGUCUUCAUCCCUGGCGCUCCGUCCUCCCACCUAGUGCCUCCCUCCUCUCUGAAAACACCUCCUCCAGCUCCACACAGACCUCCUCCUGUGGGGUUACCUGCACAUACUGGUCCUCCCAGACUGAAUGUCCCUCCUGUUUCUGAGGUCCCAAAGCCCCUCAACUCCACAUCCCCUUCUCCCGUCUCCCUCUGGCACAGGGCUCAACCUUUGACUCCAAACUCGAUAGUUGCUUUGGCGCCUGUUUCUGUUGGAUCUACACCGCCCGCUCAGCACACUGCUCCCUCCACCUCUGGCAGCUCCAGCAAGUCUCCUCCUUCCCCCAGUCCAUCCAGCUCCACUACACCCAGAGGGAGCAGAGUCAGGGGGCUGCAGGACCAGGAGGCCGGAGGCAGCAGUCACAGCGGAGUGGAUCUGGGCGGAGCAGGUAAUGCUGUGGGUGGAACCUGUGCAGGUGUCAGUUUGCUCAAAUAUGGAAGGAAUCGGAAGCCGAGUCAGAAGGCCAAAGCUCUGCAAGAAGCUGCCGAGAUCAAGGCUGAAGAGGCCAAGAAGAAAGCUGCUUCGUCUCCUCGAAAGAAAGCUCCGAUCCAGACUGUUGUCCCUGCACCCUCUCAGUCUGCUGACGCUGCUCCUCCUCAGACUGUUGUCCCUGCUUCUCCUCUGACUGUUGUCCCUGCUUCUCCUCUGACUGUUGUCCCUGCACUUUCUCAGACUGCUGACGCUGCUCCUCCUCAGACUGUUGUCCCUGCACCUCCUCAGACUGUUGUCCCUGCACCUUCUCAGACUGCUGACGCUGCUCCUCCUCUGACUGUUGUCCCUGCUUCUCCUCUGACUGUUGUCCCUGCUUCUCCUCUGACUGUUGUCCCUGCUCCUCCUCUGACUGUUGUCCCUGCUUCUCCUCUGACUGUUGUCCCU